GUAUUUUUAUCUGUUAUUUACAGUCUAGCUCCUUCAGAAGAAUUUGGAAAAGUUCAUAGUUAUAGACAAAGACUGGAAACAAAAAAUACUUGUUUCAAGUAUCAACAUCCUAGUGCAAGACCUAGGUCGCCUCUUUUAACCUCCCUGAUCCUCAGUCUCUUCCUCCUCCUGAUGGGGGUGGUUAAAUGAGCAUUCUACAUAAUAUGUUGGGUAUCAUGCCACAACUGAAAUACCAACAGUAGCCACAUAGAUUUCUUUUAGCAGAAUAUUUGAACAGUUUAUAGGAAGAAAUUUUUGUUUAAAAGAAUAAUCACAGAGACUUUGUGAGCCUUAUAAACCUUUCUCAAAUGGAGUAUGUUAAAGAGGACAUCCCAGAAUAUGCCUUUUGGGAAAAGGGCAACAUCUCAACAAAUAAAGGAAGAGAGAACAUUAUGUUGUCAGGAUAUAUUGUUAGCUCCCAAAUAACCUAUUCCCUGUUUAUUAACUACCACAAUUAUUGUAAGUGUUUAUAUCUGGUCGAACCAUAAAGUACCUUUGCGUGCUGUCAAACUUUUUCCCUUUCUGCGACAACUCAGGUGAAGUGUAGCCACGUUUAACUGUGCCCUGUGUGCCUGCCCUUGGUCAAGUGCAGUGGGAACAGAGAAUAAACAGAUAAUGGGGGUCAUAGAUGCCUGCAAGUCAACUUCAGAGAAAGCCAGCCAAGGCCACAAGCACCCAGGCCUGUUUGCAUGGCUGAUUUGUCCAAGGCUAUUUACUUACCUAGACACCCUAAGGUCUGUCUUAGAGUAACAGAAUGACCUUUAAAGACACGACUUUACUCAGGGCCCACGUUCCGGCAUCACACCUUUAUCUUGCUUCUGUUAGAACUGGAUCACAAAACAGGGAGCAAUUAGAAACGUUACACUUCAUCCCCAAAUUGAGAAAGAAUGCAUCGGGGCUGGCCCAAGGGACCAAGAGGCAACAGCUGAGCCUGUGGUUUUGUGGAGAUUCUUAGCCUGCUAUGUCAGAGACCACACUAUGAAGUCAUGUCAACCACUGGGAUCAAGGCUCAUCAACAAAGCUUUCCGAGCAACACAAGAGUCAGAUAAACCUCAGCAUUCCAUGCUAUUCCCUGGCACUCACAGGGGGUUUCCUUCAUCUAGUUGGCGUAGGUGUGGCCAUUGUCUACCCUCAGGCAGCCAUGACAGAAGGACAAGGCUUAUCUUCUCUGGAGUCUGUGACACUAUCCCAGUGGCAUGGGUGUCUCUGAUUAUAUGUACUGCAUCAGAGUUUCAUUUCCCAAAUCACAAGAUUCUCAGCCCUCUGAAAAGACUGUCAGAGCGCCUUCCUCAUCCCGAAAUCGAGGCGAAGGAAGCAUGUGACUGGCUCCGAGCUGCCGGGUUCCCACAAUACGCUCAGCUGUAUGAAGAUUCGCAGUUCCCCAUCAACAUUGCAGCCGUCAAAAAAGACCAUGACUUUCUUGAAAGGGACCUGGUAGAACCUCUUUGCAGACGACUUAAUACGUUGAACAAGUGUGCCUCAAUGAGACUUGAUGUGAACUUCCAAAGGAAAAAGAGAGAAGUGCUGAGGGCCCACACUAAGGAAAUCAGAGCGAAGACACAAACCUGGAAAUUGAUUUGUAAAACAGUUCCAUGUUGGAAAUUGAUUGGGAAAACAGUUCCAUGUUGGGUCUUCGUGAUGAUCAAGGGUGACGACUCAGAUGAGGAAGACCUGUGCAUCAGCAACAAAUGGACUUUCCAGAGAACCAGCCGCAGAUGGUCCCGUGUGGAUGACCUGCAUACGCUUUUCCCCGUGGCAGACAGAAACGGGUCCCCAGGAGGCCCUAGGAUGAGAAACACAGCCAGCAGUGAGAGCGUGCUCACGGAUCUGAGUGAGCCAGAGGUCUGCUCUAUUCACAGCGAAAGCAGCGGGGGCAGCGACAGCCGCAGCCAAUCAGGGCAUCAUCCUGCUGACAGUACGCAUGCGCUGGAGGCCACCCUGGGCAGUAGCAGCCUCCCACAGUCUACCCGAGAGGGUCUCAGCCAGUCUUUUCACCCCAAGAAUGAGAAACCCACCAGGACCAGGGCCAAGUCCUUUCUGAAACGCAUGGAUACCCUGAGAGUGAAGGGCGCACUCGGGAGGUAUAAGGGGCCAGGGCGGACAGGAGGCCUGGUCAUCAGUAGGCCUGUGCUGCAGCAGGAACCGGAGUCCUUUAAAACCAUGCAGUGUGUCCAGAUACCCAACGGAAAUCUGCAGACCUCACCUCCAGCUGCCUGCAGGAAAGGCCUCCCAUGCUCCAGUAAGUCAAGUGGUGAGAGCAGCCCCCUGGAGAACAGCAGCACAGUGAGCACUCCGUGCAUGAAGGAACGCAAGUGCCACCACGAGGCCAACAAGCGCGGCGGCAUGUACCUGGAGGACCUGGAUGUGCUGGCAGGGACGGCAUUACCAGAUACGUCAGACCAAAACCACGUGCAUGGGUUUCACUCCCAAGAAAACUUGGUGGUCCACAUUCCCAAGGAUCACAAACCAGGAACGUUCCCCAAGGCACUUUCUAUAGAAAGCCUCUCACCCACAGACAACAGCAAUGGGGUUAACUGGAGGACCGGAAGUAUCUCUCUGGGUAGGCAACAGGGCCCUGGCAUGAGGGAACCCAGACUCAUGUCUUCCUGCCACAGGGCCAGCCGUGUCAGUAUCUAUGACAAUGUCCCCAGCUCGCACCUGUAUGCCAGCACAGGAGAUCUGUUGGACCUAGAGAAAGACGGCCUCCUUCCACAGCUGGAUGACAUCCUACAGCAUGUCAAUGGCAUACAAGAGGUAGUGGAUGACUGGUCAAAAAACAUCUUACCUGAACUGCAAAGUCACGGCACAUUGGCAGGGGAUCCUGGUCUGUCCCCAUUCCCAUCUCCCAAUCAGGUCACUUUAGAUUUUGAAGGCAACUCUGUCUCAGAAGGUCGGACAACACCUAGUGAUGUGGAAAGGGACAGGACUUCUCUGAAUGAAUCGGAGGCCACUGGGGUCAGAGAAAGAAGGGAUUCUGGUGUGGGGGCCUCUCUGACCAGACCAAACAGACGACUAAGGUGGAGCAGCUUCCAGCUCUCACACCAGCCCCAGCCAUCUCCAGCCACCCCACACAUUAGCAGCCAGACUGCCGCCCAGCUGAACCUGCUCCAGCGCUUCUCCCUGCUUCGUCUUACGGCCAUCAUGGAGAAGUACUCUAUGUCCAACAAGCACGGCUGGACCUGCCUGUCUGCACAGAGCACCCCAGGGGCCUUGCAUGACCUGGUUUCUGUGAAUUCCAGGUCCGUUCCAAAGUUCAUGAAGAGGAUCAAAGCUCCUGACUACCGAGACAAGGCUGUCUUCGGUGUUCCACUCAUAGUCCACGUUCAGAGAACAGGACAGCCCCUGCCUCAGAGCAUCCAACAAGCACUGAGGUAUCUACGUAGCAACUGUCUGGAUCAGGUGGGUCUUUUCCGCAAGUCAGGAGUGAAGUCUCGAAUCCAUGCCCUCCGUCAGAUGAAUGAGAACUUCCCUGACAAUGUGAGCUAUGAAGACCAGUCUGCAUAUGACGUGGCAGAUAUGGUGAAGCAGUUCUUCCGGGACCUCCCUGAGCCCCUGUUCACCAACAAGCUCAGCGAGACCUUCCUCCACAUCUAUCAGUAUGUCCCCAAAGAGCAGCGGCUGCAGGCCGUGCAGGCGGCCAUCCUGCUGCUGGCUGACGAGAACCGGGAGGCCCUGCAGACUCUCCUGUGCUUCCUGCAUGACGUAGUAAACUUGGUGGACGAGAAUCAGAUGACGCCCAUGAAUCUGGCCGUGUGCCUGGCCCCCUCCCUCUUUCACCUAAACUUACUGAAGAAAGAAAGCUCCCCAAGAGUCAUCCAGAAGAAGUACGCCACUGGGAAGCCAGAUCAGAAGGACCUCAAUGAAAAUCUAGCUGCAGCUCAGGGGCUGGCCCACAUGAUCACGGAAUGCAACCGACUCUUUGAGGUUCCACAGGAGAUGGUGGCCCAGUCUCGGGACUCCUACUUAGAGGCUGAAAUCCAUGUCCCCAGCCUGGAAGACUUGGGAGCACAGCUGGCGGAGAAUGGGGCAACUUUUUACACGUACCUGGAGCAUCUCAUCCAAGGCCUCCAGAAAGAGGCUAAGGAGAAAUUCAAGGGAUGGGUCACAUGUUCCAGCCCUGACAACACAGACCUUGCUUUCAAAAAGGUGGGCGAUGGGCACCCGCUGAAGCUGUGGAAAGCAUCUGUGGAGGUGGAGGCACCACCCUCCGUGGUGUUGAAGCGUGUGCUGAGAGAACGUCACCUGUGGGAUGAGGACUUUGUGCAGUGGAAGGUGGUGGAAAAUUUGGACAAACAAACGGACAUCUACCAGUACGUGCUAAACAGCAUGGUUCCACAUCCCUCCAGAGACUUCCUGGUGCUCAGGACCUGGAAGACUGAUCUGCCCAAAGGAAUGUGCACCCUGGUGUCCCUGUCUGUGGAGUACAAAGAAGCCCAGCUCAUGGGUGACGUGAGGGCGGUGGUGAUGGAUUCUCAGUACCUGAUAGAACCCUGCGGUUCUGGCAAGUCCAGGCUGACGCACAUCUGCAGAAUAGACCUGAAGGGCCACUCCCCAGAAUGGUACAGCAAAGGCUUUGGAUACCUCUGUGCCGCACAAGUUGCCAGAAUUAGGAACUCUUUCCAGCCUCUCAUUGCUGAGGGUCCAGAAACAAAAAUCUAAGCUUUCCCCAGCAUGACAUCAAACUCAGGGAAGAAGAAGGGAAAAUAACACUCACAGUGUGGCAAGUGCACGCAUGUGCAGGAAUGUCGCAGUGGGAUCCGGAGAUCACGGAAACCGUGGAGCCUGUUCCUAGCCUGCCUAGAGAUGGCUAAUCCCUACUAAUAUAAUGUCUCAGAACUUUUAUCUAUACUGCGUAAAAUUAAAUGGGUUAUUUCUUCCGCGUUGCCUAACUUGCUAUUUAAAGGCUUCUAAGAAGCGUGUCUUAGCUGUAAAUAAAUGUACUGUAGCACUUGUAUAUGUAUGUAUAUCUCCCUUUACUGUAUAUAUGUAAAAUACCAGUUUUAUAUAUAAUUCAGUGUCUGACUCUGUGAGUCUCCUCACAUGGCACUUCCCAGGUUGCUGUAGACGUCCGUCCGUGUCCCAUCCCGACCUGUCCCGCCAGCUGAGCAGAGCCUGCUGACAAACACCAAAGUGUGAAACGUAUAGUCUGUCAGCCUGCCCAGGCUUACCCAAAGAUUAGCUAACCAAAGAAAAAUAGAGUUGAGAGCUUCUUCCAUGGGUUGGCCUCUUAUUUCUGAUGUUUAAAGACUGGAGCAGGAUAUUGAUAUAAAUUGAGGGAUAUAAUAUUUGCUUCUCUUUAACGCAAAGCAGCAGGUGAGAGGUUAUUGCCAAAUCCAAGGCUACACCUUGCAUUGCCUCUGGGCCCACUCUGUGCAGUUUGACUGAGAUGUCAGGUGACUGCUGGAGCUGGCACCCGGGACUGAAAUAGAACUGGCAUCACCCACCUUCUACAUAGGGGUAAACCGUGGAAUCUGUCCACAGAGCCAAAGGGAGCCCCCAUAUCCUCUUGAGAUUCAGUUCUCAUAGUGCUUUUUAACCAUCUAUUUGACCAGUGGCCUAUGUGGCCACAGUUUUUUUUUAACAUGUUCUUGCACUGACCUUGACUCUGGACACCAGAGUGAGAUGAUGGUCCAUUGAGUGUCCAGGGUCAUCACAGCUUCAGGGAAUUCCACGUAUGCUAUAGAUGACGCUUGUAAAAUCUAAGCCAUUAAAAAUCUUGCGAUCUAAAAAACAGGAUUUUAAACAAAAGGCCAAACUGUAUCAUUAGUUUUUGUUACCAAACCCAUGUUUCUUCAUGGCACCAGCACCUGGGCGUUGGACCCCAACCUUAUUUAUUAUUGUAUAGACUGAGCAAACUGGCUUCCCUUAACCAAGUGAGGAUGGAGUUAUUUUUUUUAUUGUGAUACAACAUCUGUAGAGAGAUAACUUAUUAUGUUUGGCCUCCAGGAAAGAUUGUCUUAGGUUGUCUAAACAGAGAUUCAGCAACUGGUGUCAGAAGACGAGGAAAAAAAACAAAUGUAUAUUUCCCCGGUUUUUGUUGCUGUUGUGUUAUAUACACUAAUGCGGUGUUUUCUUUUAUCUGUGUUGUGCAAUUGUUUUAUUGGGAGGAAUAAAGAUGUUUUCUGUAUAUUUGGUAUAGCACAGGGAAAA